ACGUGGUACGCUACGGCGUUCUCGUGCUUCAUGCUUCCGCCGGAGAGCGCGCAGUGUGCGCAGUGCGCUCCCCACCGCGUGUCUGUAGUGUGUAACCCCCGCGCGCGCGGCCCGGCCGCCAUCUUUGUCAAGUGGGUAACUUUUGUUGAUUUGUGUGAAAUGUGACGCCGUUGUCGCGGGAUAAUUGGUGAUCGUGAUUACGUAUCCUAAGUGCGUCGAUACUCGGUGGAGUCUGUUACCCGCGUACGUGACCGUGUGGAUUUAUCCAUGGGAUUCCUUCGUACAGGGUCAGCGCAAUAACCCGCGGUGAGAAGAGGACGCGAGAGGAGACGUCGAGGGCCAGCAUCUCUAAGCCGAGAAACCGGAGAAUUCGCAGCAGAAUGUAAACGUCGCUACCGAUUGUGACGUCGCCUAUUGGCUGGAGGAGGAGGAGGAAGAAGCACUGGCUGUGACUUGGUCGUCGUCGUCGCCGUCGCCGUCCACGCCGCCGACGAAGACGCGAUGGACGAGAAAGAUUCGGCCGAGACAUGGUCGGCCUGGUUUCUAGAUGCGAUUCGGAAGAUCCGAAGCCAGAAACAACGGCCGAGCGUCGAACGAAUAUGCCACGCGAUACGGCAGCAUCACAAUUAUCACGAGGAGGAGAUCGCGGAGCAUCUCGAAGUCGCUGUCAAACGGGGCGACGUGCUCAAGAUCUUCAACAAGGGUCAGUCCUCGUACAAGGACCCGGGCGGUUUGCACACCAAGACGCUCAAGGUCAGCAAAUCGACGGACAUCAGCAAGGUCAUAGGCAAGGCGGUGCGCGAACUCGGCGAGCGCGACGGCUCGACCCUGAAGAGCAUCGAAAAGUACAUCAGGCAGAGCCACAGCGUCGAGGAGGAGGCCGAGGGCGAUCUUAGGACCGCUCUGAGAUUGUCCGCCAAACGAGCGGUCGAUCGAAACCUCGUGAUUCAGGAUGGCAAACUGUUCCGACAACCGGACAGGCAGCCGAUCAAGAAGCAAUCCGACGCCGCUCAUGCGCCCGCGGAACCGCCCGCGCCCAAGACGCCGGCGCCAUUACCGAUAUGCAAGGAGUGUCUUGGUGCGACGGUGGUUGGCAACAACAACAACACUAAACGCAACGAGAAGCUGAGCAGAUGCAGCGUCUGCGGCGCCGCGUUGCACAAUUCCUGCGCGCCCGCGGAACUCUCGGUGCUCGUCGACCGAGGGAUAACUUGGUCCUGCGACGACUGCUCGCCGAUCUGCGCCGGUUGUCAGGUUGAACGAGAAUCGCAGAAUUAUCUUGUCAAGUGCUCCGUCUGCGUCAAUUGUUACCAUCCCGCCUGCCUCAACCCCGUCCCCGACAAGAAGGCCAAGACACCCUGGCAGUGUGGACACUGUCAAACGGCGCAUACGCCGGUGAGCAAGAGUGACGGCAAACGGGGCAAGGCGCAGGAUGCGAAUUCGUCCGACGACACCCCGAGCGUGAGGAAGAGGCUCAGCAAGUUACGCGAGAAUCGAAAAUCGAUGGUAUCCAGAAAAUGCUUGGCAAACGCAUAUCCCGGCAAAAAGGGCGGUACGGGAGUGGCUCAGGUGGACAGCAGCACGGACGGUAAUGCGGGUGUUGUCCCCCCUCGUCAACCACCUUUGAAUUCCUUUCCUUUACCACAACCCCCCACCCCACUCGCAGGCCAGGGUAGGCUCGAGGAAAAGAACGACAGGAUCUCCAAGGAGAAGCAAAAGUUCUUUAGAUUGAGUGCGUUUAAUGCCGAGCACAGUAAAUUGAAGCGGGUGGGGGGCGGUGAUAAAUCUAGACCCUCGCGGAACAUUAGCGCUAGGUCGACUCGGGGUGCUACCGCGAAUCCGAAGAAGGUCGGGACGUCACGAGUGUCUAGCAGCAGCAGCAGCAGCAGCAGCAGUAGUAGCAGCAGCAGCAGCGAGGCCGAUAAUAAUAGUAGCGAGAGCUCGGAAGCUAGCGACAGUAGCGACGAGAAUGACGAUGAGGACGACGUAGCCGAGGAUGAGGAUAAUAGCUUGAGCGAGAGCAGCGGCUCUUCCUUGGAUGAAAUCCAGGACAGAAGGCUCGAAUCUCCCAAGGCGGUGAAGGGACCGUUUGUUUAUAACGUAAAUGAGGAAAAACCGUGGGGUUUCGCCGCCGCGGCCGCCAAGCUGAAUGUAGAUUCGCCAUUCUUCAGCAGUAUCACAAAUACCUUCGGCGCGUCCUUACCUAAACUCGAUGUGAGUGAUACACCGACUUUUGGCUUGCACAUACAGCAACCCGCUGCUGUUGCCAAUUCGUCGGAUAAUAAAAAGAAAGACAAAAACGUCGCGCAAACACCGAGUAGCUAUGCGAGCACGGAUAACAAACCCGGGAGCGGCCAGUUGAGGAGCCUUUUCGAUGGCUUGAGUCACUUUUUUUCAGCACCUGCAAACAGCAGGGCGAGAUCGGCCGGUGUCCCAGCGCCGAAUUACGCGCCCGACCGGAGGAAAAGGCCUAAUGCGAACGAUGUCUCGAAAACGAACAAAAUUCCGAGAAGCACGCAAAGAAACAAACCAGACGAUUCACCUAGCACGAGUAAACUCAAGGAUCGAAAAAAGACUGAAGUUACCGCUGAGAUAUCGAGAGUACCGAAGCCUGGUAUCUUUGUACCUUCCGACGAGAGCGUGUUCAGCUCGCUUAACGAAAAAUUGCCGAGGAUGACGCCUUCGGGUUUGGUGAAAACCGCGGUUAAUAGUAAGAGGCAUGAGCACGAGAGGAGAAAGUUGAUGCGAGACGAUGCGUCGUCGCUCGUAAAAUGCGCAGCCGCGGAUUCCUCGUCGCCGUCAUCGUCGUCGUCGAGACACGAGCAGCGUAAGAAGCAAACGGCUGCGGAUUCGAAUACGCAGAUACGCCACCCUGUGCCCGCCGUUGCGAAAUCCUCAGGCCUCGGCUCCGAUUCCUCCGUCAAAUCAAAUCCCAACCUAAAGUCCAAUCCACGAGCCUGUACUAGCGCCACCACUACCAACACCACCACGACACCCCGCGCGACACCCUGCUCCACCAGGAAGGAGGAACCCAUCGUACCGCAAACGUUGCCAUCAGGUGUCAAUCAAAAGGACGUGGAUCUAAUCAAAGAGGCUCGUGAGAGGGCUCAGUUGACCGUGAGCAGCGACGAGAACGAACAAUUGCUGUGCGUCAACACUCCGAACGCGUCAGGCACCGUACCACGCAAUCCUGCCGCGAUAGUAUUUGGUCGUUACGAGGUAGAGACAUGGUAUUCGAGUCCAUUUCCUCAAGAAUACGCCCGAUUGCCCAAGUUAUUCUUCUGCGAGUUUUGUCUCAAGUACACGAAGAGUCGGGCCGUAUUGGACAGGCAUAUGGACAAAUGUCAAUGGAGGCAUCCACCCGCUACCGAGAUCUACAGAUGCGACGGAUUGUCCGUGUUUGAGAUUGACGGUAAUGUAAACAAGAUAUACUGUCAAAAUCUGUGUCUGCUAGCAAAGUUAUUUUUGGAUCACAAGACUCUCUAUUACGAUGUAGAGCCUUUUCUCUUUUACGCCAUGACGAAAAACGAUAAAUACGGUUGCCACUUGAUCGGUUACUUCAGCAAGGAAAAACAUUGUCCAGCUCAGAGGUACAACGUGUCCUGUAUCAUGACGCUGCCGCAGUAUCAGCGACAGGGUUUCGGCAGGUUUCUCAUAGAGUUCAGUUAUCUGUUGUCCAAAGUCGAGGGCAUUCCGGGAACACCGGAGAAACCGCUCUCGGAUCUCGGUCGAGUAUCGUAUCAUUCAUUUUGGAAGAGUGUAGUGCUCGAGUAUUUGGACGCUCAUCGAAACAUCAACGAUAUCAAACUUAGCGACAUUACGAAGGUGACCGGCGUGUCGGCGCAUGAUAUUGCGACUGCGAUGCAACAGCUUGGAUUUAUAAGAUCGGUUCACUUGCCGGGCAACGGAAAUAUUAAUAAAGUGGCUGUGGUAGUCGAUUGGAGCAAGGUAGAUGCUCACAUGACGAAAGUACGAAAGAGUACCCGCAUCAAACUGGAUCCCGAUUGUCUCAGAUGGAUACCGUUGCUCACGCAAAUCCCUAAUCCGUAUCACAGUCCGGAGGAAAGCGUUGACACUAGUUCGGAAGUGUCUCCUACGGUAGAGCCUAAACCUGCGCCGGCGGUCGUCGAGAAGAUACAAAAAGUGAAAAUAAAGAAGAAACCCAGGGGAAGGAGAACGAGCCAGAGGAGAUUGACGCCUUUAAAACCGAAGACUUUGCAAAAGACUGCGACAUCUCACAAGUACACGACCAAAGAGGGGAGAAGUAUCAAAGAUACGAAGGAGGUUAAAGCGAUGAAAGAAUUGAGAGAGCCGAAGACAUCCGCAAGGGAAAGCCGUAAUGUCGAAAGCGCGGAGAGUCGGAAAGAUGCAGAAGCUAAAAAUGUAUCUACGCCAAGAAAUUCACGCACUUCUAGCUCGGCAAAAAAUACGACUCCGUCUACUCCACCGAAAGCGGCGCAGAUAAUGACGAUGUCGAGGAGAAGAGUUAGACCGCCUAAGACGCUUAUAUCCGAAUCAGUCAUCACGCCUUUGAGAAAACGAAAACAUUCCGAGAAGAUAGAGGUCGAGGAAGAGAAGUUGGAAGUCAGUAGUAGAAAGAGAACGCGAGAAUCUUUGAGGGAGAAGGAAAAGGAAAAGGAGCGAGAAACGCAGCGUGAACGAGAGAAGGAAAAGGAGAAAGUAAAGGAAAAGGAUAAUAAAGCGAAGGAAAAGGAAUCUGCAAAAGAAACAUCGAUGGAAACUAGGAAGACACCACCCAAAGUGGAUUCGACGCCGAGUCCGCCCAAACCAGCGAAGAAGCAAUGCAAAGUGGACGAUAUUUUACAGAAGGUUACCAGCAGGCAAACUAAAUAUUUGCAAGCGAAGGAGAAAAAAGCGCAGGAGGAGACCAUACAAUGUAAUGGCAAAGAAGAAGCGCGAGAAGUGAAAAACUUGCCGCUGUCUAGGCGAGGUAGAGGUAAAUCGACUGUAGAAUCUUUGAAGAUGCCACAACUUACGCCGGAAUCUCCGAGGGCGAAGAACCGAGCCGAGAGUCCUGUGAUACCACCUCCCUCGUUGUCUCCGCCGCCUGAAUCCGUGAAGAGUUCUCCGAUUCGCAGUAAACAGCCGUCCGUGCCCGAAUCGCCACCCGAGAAGCACUUUAGUAAUGGAGACAACAAAAGUGAGAACGUGGAAGACAAUGGACUACCCGUGCCCACGGAAACGGAGGUGGUGUCUGCGAGUUCCGGCGAAUACGAGGGCGGCGAUGAGGAUGAAGGGGAGGAGGAAGAAACAGUCGCGCCGACGCCUAAACUCGUUACGCAAUCGGCCUCGCCCGAUACGGAGAACCCCACGACAGAAUCAUGCGAGAAUGAGAAGGCGGAUGAUAAAUUACUGGAGAGGAACAACGAUGAGAGCCCACUAGAGAAAGCGGAAGCGGAUCCACCAUCGACGGUGAUAAGGACUUUAAACGAAUGUGAUAAGGACUUCGAAACUGACAAACAUCCCGUUUGCAGUCCGGAGACAUCGAAAUCAGUACCUGAACCAGUUGCUUCGCCAAAAGAGGAGGAAGUCGAGAAAAGUAUGCCGGAAAGUAUGCCGGAGAAGAAUGGCCGUGAUAGCCCUCCUAAAGAGAAAUUCGAUUGCGAAACGCCAAAGGACGCUGCAAAAAUCGACUUGUCGCGGCCGAAAGUAGAACCUUCCCCCGUGGAGAAGAAGGACGCGUGCGCCCUCGGUCCUAACACGGUGCUGACAUCGGAGACCGAACCGCUUACGCCGCAAGAGAAAACCCUGCCUACCGUGGAGCAUCAGGACACGACCUUGCAAUUGCAGAGCCAUACGGAGGAAUUGAAGCAACACUCGCCCGAGAGCGGCAAGACUACGCCGCAUCUGGAGAAUCCAGGCUCGGUGAAGAGGACUCCGCCGUCGCAACCCGACUUGCCGUCUAUGGGAGUUUACACGCCGGACUCGACCACAAAUUCCGUACACUCGUUGCAUUACGGUCAAUGCGAUCUGGACGUUAGUCAACUGGGCCUGGAAUCGCCGACUUCUAUAGCCAGCGAUCUCGCGUCGCAGAACAGCGUGGAGAGGCCGCCCAGCGCGUUACCGUCGAUCCCGCCACCGGUCAGCGUGCCCAUGCAAAUCACCACGCCAGUGACGUCGACACCGGUGCCGCCUGUCAACAUGCCGCCCCAGGUGCAGUACGCCACCGACUGUAGUUCGAUAUCGCAGCACACGCCGCCGGCGCAUCAUCCAGGGAUUCAUCCGAUGCAUCAGUCGCAGUCUCUGCAGCAGCCGCGUACCCCGCAGUCGCAUACUCCGCAGAGUAUACCGACGCAGAGUCCGCAGCCUCUUCCGCAGAGCCACACUCCGCAACCGAUGCCGCAGACUCAUACACCACAGAGUAUACCGACGCAGAGUCCGCAGCCGCUACCACAGAGUCAUACGCCGCAGCCCUUGCCCCAAUCGCACACGCCGCAACCGAUGCAACUGUCCCUGGCGCAGAAUCAGAGUAUGGCCCACAGUCAGUCUCAGCAGUCGCAGCAGCAGCAGCAGCAACAACAACAACAACAACAGCAGCAACAGUCGCAACAACAACAGCAACAGCCGCCGCAACAAUCUCAAUCGCAUAGCAAACGAGCUAGUUCGCAAACCACUCACAGAUCCAGAUCGACGCAGCAGAGCAGCAGCAGGUCGCACCGGGCCACUCCGCCGACCUCUCACACUACGCAAGCCUCUCAACAUAGCGCCGCGACGUCGCAGACCAGUCACAGCAGUAGCGUUACGCAUGUCGCGGUGCCGCAGUAUCAGCAGUCCCCGUCAUCGAUGAGCGUGCCGCCGGCGGUGCCGCAUCCGCACUCGCACACCCCGCACGCGCACUCGCACAACAUGACGGUGAUCUCCCAAAGCAAUUACAUGGCGGUGGCGGGCUCGCAGGGCUUCCCCACGCAGAACACCUACGUGAUCCAGCAUCGUAGUGGGCGCUCCGGGGCGCCGACUCCUUGCACCACCGCCACCAACUUUUACAUACAGACCAGCGCGAUGCCGCCGCACUCGCAUACCCCGGCACCGGCGCCGCUCUCCGCCUCGGGCGGCAGUCACCAGGCCACCAACUCGUGCAGCCUAGCCAAGCUGCAGCAACUGACCAACGGUCUGGACAUCAUAUCGCCCACCCCACCGCCGGCGAUGAACCUGACGCCGCCGCCGCCGAUCCCGCACACCAUGACGCCACCGCAGACGUCGCGGCAGCUACCGACGCCGCCUCAGGCUCAGCUAUCGCUUGGCUACGCGAAGAAUUAUUACAACGUCAACACGGUACCGCCCGGCACUCCCGGACCACCCAGUCGAUCCGCCUCGCGAUCGUCCGCGAACGCCAACAUGCCGUCGCUCAGCCAGCCGUAUCCCAGCGAGAGUCUCUACCGGCAGACCCUCGACCCGGGUGGCACUUGUCCGCAGAUGCAGAGCGCCGCGAGCCGCGUCAGCCCGAACGUCGCCCUCAACACGAAUCUCAUGGCAGCUGCUCAGUACGGAUAUCGUGUGGCCCAACCGGCUACCGGUUACAUGAACCAAGCGGCCCAGCUAGGUAGCUUCAUGAACCAGUCGAGUCAGCUGCCGGUGGGUAUGGUGAACGUGCCGACGUAUCCGCAGGACCCGCACCAACAGAAUCCGGCAGCAGUCUACACGACGUACGGCUACAUCAACGGCAGUCUCAUGCAGCCCCUGAACAGCACGAUGAGGCCGCGCUAGCCGUUGAUCUCCCCCGACGUUGGACGGGCGGACAAGUCAACUUCUUCACGCGACAAGUUAACGCUCUCUUCGAUACGAUCGCCGACGUGAACUCGUCUACGACCUCCUAACAGGACACUCAUCUUUACUUCCUCGACCACCACCCGUUGCUUCUGUCCGCCAGCCAGCUAGUCAGCUGUAGCUCCCCGUUCUCUUCUCUUUACACAUAUACACCCUGGCUCGUUUGCAACUCUCUUUCUCAAUUUAGGAAAUGGUACAUAGAAUCCUCCAGAGGCGAAGGUGCUCAUUUCUGCGAUUUUGCUGACAAGAAUGCCGCAUUCGACAUACUCGAUGCGGUGAUUCGCGAGAAAAUAUCUCAAGUAUCUCUUAAUAGAAAACACAGGAUAGAAUAGAAGCGUUGCGUUCGGCGCAAUCCGUUUUUUCUCAAGUAUAUACCAUUUUAUUUUUAUUCUUUAUCUCGAUUAAAACUUUAUGAAAUAUAUUCGCGAGUAACCAAUGUAUCAGCGUAUAUAUUUCACAUAUUUCGUAUACGCUAAUACAAUACGCUAAUAUUACAUUCGAAUUACGUCGCGUAUCGUGCGAAAAAAUACAUAUGCCCGAUGUUUAAUUCCAGACUUAUUUUUAGAAAAGCAGAAAGAUAAGAAAGAGAGGGAGAGAGAGAGGAAGAGAGAAAGAAAAGGAUGAUUAAUAAAUAUCCUUCCGCUUCUUCUCUACUUAAGUCCAUCGACAACUAGGGAUGAUUUUUCUUCUCUAUGCUCGAGGAAGGCUCGUAUUAAACUGAUUCUUAACUUGUCGACACAAAGAUUGCACACAAGGUACAAUUUAAUCAUAGUUAUCUUCUUUCGAGAGCACGAGUAAGCGUCAACUCGUGCGUUUUAAAUAAAAGGAAAGAAAGAAAGAUAGAAAGAAAAAAAGAAGAGGCGAAAAUGUUAUCUUGGAUAUGGAUUUCAUUUCAAUCGGCCAAGAUACCGCUUUCUCUUUUUCUGAAUAAUCCCAUAAUAAUCGAAAGAGAGAAGAGUGAAAAGAAAAAAAAAGUGCGGAUACCUAUUUUUAGUAGGGCAUUCCUUUGCGAAACCGCAGCGGUGUUACGUUUUAUGUAUUUAUAUAUAUAUAAAUAUAUAUAAAUAUUUACGAAUAAAAAAUAUUCUGUUUGAUAUUAUCGAUUGUUGAACGUUGUUGUUUAUUUGGCACACUUGUACUUUACUGUAUCAUAAAGAAAAAAAUAAGUAACUACGUAUCGCUAUGAUAAUCCUCAUUGUAUUAUUACGGAAAUCGAUUAAUUCAUUGUCGCCGACGUCAUUUUAUCGGUAUAAAAAUCCAUCAAUCUCGAGAUCAUCAUCAGCGCCAUCGUUCGCAUAAUUUUUAUCAACUGUUAAUAUUAUUAUUAUUAUUAUUAUUAUUAUUAUAUUAUUAUUAUUAAUCAAUAAUCUCAUUAUACUAUUAUGACAAUUAUAAUGAAAAGCGUACAUACAGAUACACUCACACACACAUAUAGACAUAAUGAAACGUAAUCACACACAUUGUGCGUUAUAUUUUAAUUGUCGCAUAUACGAUAUCACACGCAUUCACAUUCGGUAUUCAUUAUAGUAUGUUUUUAUUAUCUAUCAUUGUGUGAGAGAGAGAGAGAGAGAGAGAAAGAGAAGAGAGAAAGCGCGCAAAUCAGACUCUUCCACGAAGCGUCCCGAGAUUCGCGUUGAAAUUAUUUUUUGUAUCGAAAGAGAGAGAGAAAGCGGUCCUUUCUUUCAAGGCGAAGGAAAGUGUAACGGUAACGUACAUACGUAUAUAUUCACGUUACCCUCGUAAAUAUAUAUCACCCUGAAAUAUGCGUAAUUUCCCCUCCCUUUCAUCCUUUGUCCCUUUCCGUCCCUUCCAUCGUUGGGCGACGCUUCGCGGAACUGUCAACACGUCAACAAAAAAAAUAAUAUAUUUAUGGUACGAAGCGUUACGAGUUUAAUUUUUUCAGACGAGAGAACGCGAAAAAAAAACGCGAGACGGAAGAAAAUGGCAGAUCGCCUAGUUUAGGCUUAACUGAAUGAUAAGAUAUAAUUAAUAAUGUAUAAAAAUACAUCAAUAUUUAUUGUACAUAGAUCUAAAAAAAAGACUACUAACAAAUAAAAAAGAAAUCAAAAAUA